CUCCUUGUUAAGGGUGUCCCAAUCUGCCUCAGCAGCACAGAUCAGUCCAGCCCCUCUCUCGCUCUCUGUCUCUCUCUCUCUCUGUCUCUCUCUCUCAUAAGAGCAGCGCAUGCACAUACACUUGCGCACACACCCACCUACCACGCAGAGACACAACCUCAGGCGCGCACACGCAGACACACACGCAGGCACGGAAGGGCACACCGAGCAACCUCAUCUACCAGCUCCAAGACACAGCCAGAGCCAGCUAAAAGACACAGCCCUGUAACAGCAGACCAGCAUGGAUUACCUGAAGAAGGGAUUCUCCAUGGCCAAGGAAGGCGCGGUGGCUGCAGCGGAGAAGACCAAGGCAGGGGUGGAGGGGGCAGCUGCCAAAACCAAGGAGGGGGUAAUGUAUGUGGGGAACAAGACAAAGGAUGGAAUGGUAGCAGGUGUGAACACAGUGGCCCAGAGAACAACUGACCAAGCCAAUAUUGUCGGGGACGCAACGGUCGCCGGAGCCAAUGAGCUGUCUCAGCAAACAGUGGAAGGGAUGGAGAACGCAGCGGUGAACUCCGGAUUGGUGAACCAGGAACAGGAAGAAGCUGUAGCUCUGGACGCUAAGCCUGAGGUGGCUGGUUCUGGUUCUGAAGGGAGUGACUUCUCUCAGGGAGCUGAGCAGGCAGGACAGUAGGAGUGUUGGUUCUGACAUCCGUGAUCUGCAGCAGCCUCCCUCGUCCUCUCUUCCGGAAGAAAUAACGUGUUAGAUGCUGCUCGUCCCGCGUCUCCCAUUGCCAACUUUUGUUUCUGGGGAGGACAACCAACCCCGGUGUGCCCCCCCCCCCUCUGAUGCUUUCUUUGUGUGACUCGAUGGAAACUAAACAUUCUGAAAGAUCCUCCCCAUCCACAACAUCCCUCACCAUACAAGCUACACAUUCCUGCCCCGUAUACCUUUACCGUCCAUGUCCGUCACCCCUGACUAUUACCCACCUUACCACUGUGACCCCCCCCCCCCCCAUUCCCUUUGCCCACCACUCCAGGUCAUCCUACACGAUACCACACAUACACAUACACAAACAUACAGUUCACACAUGCAUACACACCAGGACAUUGAGAAAGACUUCGCAGAACAAUACUUUUAGUCCUCUCCGAGAGGGUUGGCAAUGUGAGACUUCCUGGUAGUGUGCACUCUGUCAGAUAAUGUAACACCGGUACUUAUACAGUAGAUGUACUUAUGUCAGUGUAUGCGUUGGUCAGGUUUGUUGAUGAAGAUGUGUUUUGAAGUGAGUUAAUUUAACCCCUUGUGUCUUAAUGCCUGACGCCCCCUCAUCCUUAUUGUGACAGAACAGAGGGUGACACUUUAUUUACAUAGCCUGGAUUUUCCAUCUGUAGACGCUCUACAGAUGGCCAUGCGAUCAGCAAACUAUCUUGCUAAGGUUACUGCUAGGGUUAGGUUUAGAAUGCGGGUUAAGGUUAGUAGAUAGUUAGUUGAAAUGUUACUGAUAGUCUAUAGAUGGUCCAUCUGUCGAUACUCUACAGACUAUCCAAAUAAAGCGUUGCCAAACAGGGUUCAGGGUCAGAGUGAAGGUGAAGUUAUGGAUUAACAGCUCCCCCAUCACAUGACCCAGGCCGUCUCGCACCUGCAAUGGGGCUGCAGUACAGACAGGCUACUCUGUAUCUCAUAAACAGAUACUGUCUGUGGUGUUUCCUGCUGUCUCUCUGCCCCGAACCCUGGGUCUGCUAUAUAGAGAAAUCAAAGAGAGAAAGGUGACGUUAGGAGUUUGCAACGGCCUUUAUCUUGUGUUUGACUAGUUGCAAUGAAAAAAUUAUAUGUAUGUAUGUGAUCAGACUAAAGAUAUAGUAUAAUGGCCCCACUUCCAGAUUCAGUAUGUAUGUGAUCAGACUAAAGAUAUAGUAUAAUGGUCCCACUUCCAGAUUCAGUAUGUACCUCAGAAGUAGGAUACGAGUAGUCGACAGGUCAAAUACCUUGACAUCCCAUCUGGUCUUCGAGGAAUACAAUUUCUCCACCCCCUCAUCAUGCUUU